GAAAAAAGCGGAACCAUUGCUGGAGCUUGAAGAUCUUACCGGACAAUAUUUAACGUGGCACGCUGUCAUAACUACAAAUCGAGGGGCUGUAAAGCUCUUUGUGGGAGCAAAGUUGUCAAUCCGAGUUAGGCUUACAAAAUGGAGGAGGAGGAUGAUUGUCCAGAGUUGGUGCCCAUUGACAGCCAGCCUGGUCCCCCAGCUCGGCAGAUCCCCGUCACCAUCAUCACCGGCUACCUGGGUGCCGGGAAAACCACACUGCUGAAUUAUAUCUUGACGGAACAACACAAUAAGCGGAUUGCUGUCAUUCUCAAUGAGUUUGGAGAAGGGAGCGCGCUUGAGAAGUCGCUGGCAGUGAGUCAGGCAGGGGAGCUGUAUGAGGAGUGGCUGGAGCUGAGAAAUGGCUGCCUUUGCUGCUCUGUCAAGGACAACGGGCUCAAAGCCAUUGAAAACCUGAUGGAGAAGAAAGGGAAGUUUGACUACAUCCUUUUAGAAACAACAGGACUUGCUGAUCCAGGAGCUGUGGCCUCCAUGUUUUGGGUCGAUGCAGAGCUCGGCAGUGAUGUCUACUUAGAUGGGAUUGUGACUGUCAUUGAUGCCAAAUAUGGGCUUCAGCAACUAAAAGAGGAAAAAACAGAAGGACUUGUCAAUGAAGCAUCCAGACAGGUUGCUCUUGCUGACCUCACCAUUAUCAAUAAGACAGAUCUGGUGGAGGAGGAGGAACUGAACCAAGUUCGAGACACUGUCAGGUCUAUAAAUGGUCUUGUUAAGAUUUUAGAGACCCAGAGAUCAAGAGUGGAUCUCUGUGACGUUCUGGAUCUGCAUUCAUUUGACUGUCAGGACGGAGCAAAACUCACUGAGAAGCUCCAGCUUGUGAAACCGACCAGACCACAUCUGGACAAGCACAUCGUUUCCUGCAGGAUAAAGGGGAAUGCGCUCUCAGAGCCCUGCAUUACCCCGGGGCUUCAACACUUCAGUGAAAACUCCUGCCCUGCUGUACUUUUUGUGUUGCAAUCAACUUGAUGCGUUUGAUGUUUUUGUGUUAGAUUACAAAUGGAGUCAAUCUGAGCUAAAAACAACCUAAACACUGUAGGACCUUUGCUCUAGACUAGCAAGAACUCCCCGGCCACAUUAAACUUUUUUAGAUAUUUGUAACUUUGAAACCACAAAUUUCAAUCUCUGCAGCAAGAUAUUGCAUUAUUUUUUCCCAGUGGGGAUGGUUUAUUUUACAUAAAACAGAAUAGAAAUUUAUGUAUUGUGCCACAAUGGGGAAAUUCUACUUCAGCAAAGUGAUAAGUGAUCAAAGUAAGUAGGUUCACACAAAGAUAGAAUAUAAAAUUUGUAACAACAAAAUAAAGGAUGAAAUGCUGCACAAUGAGGUCAAAAUUUCAACACAAAUAUUAUAUAGUUAUUAAAGAAUAGCGUAGUCCAAAUGUGCAACUGGGUAGGUACAUUUCUUAAAAAUAGUUGAGAAUGUGCAUGUAUUUUUGAGUUUUAAAAAACAAAAGAACUUUUACAUAAAGUGACUGUG